UCACAUUUGUACUCAGGUCUUCCUGACUCCAAACCCAGUCAAUUAUAUUCAUCACCCAUAGACUUUUUCUCUGCUUCUAAUUUAGAGCGAGUGAGUAGUGGGGGGUGGGGUGGGAGAAUGAGAAUACCCGAAGCUCAGAGUGGCCACCCCUGAAACCAAAGCUCGAGGAGCUUCCCUGAAGGUGGGCACUGGCAAUCCCCAUCUCCUCUUCCAGGGUAUCAUUGGGAGGGAUGUGUCCAGCUGUUCUAUGGGGAUCCGAGGGCAAGCCGAAGACAGCCCAGCUUUUUCAGUUGAGCAGCUGAACUGGGGCUGCAGGUCUUGCUGGGUUCCAUGUGCUAGGGGGAGGUGGGGGUGAGGCUGGGGAGCUUGUGAAACUGGGUCCGGAAUCGGAGAGGAUGAAGGGGCUGGGGAGAACAGCCAGAUUCCCCUCAAUGGUUUGAAUGUGACAGAGGGCCCUCUGCCUUUAAGACGAACUUGAAGUUUCACACAACACUAUGCCCUUUACAGAUGGAGAUACUGAGACCCAGAGAAGGCUUAGAAGGCCUAUUCCAAGCUGCGCAGCCAGUUCCCUCAGGCUCAAAUCCACCCAAGGCUCCCACUGGGUACCUGGUUGGAUCCCUCAGUGCCCUCCGCUGAGCAGGGCUGUUUAAAGCGGCAGCGUAUUGUGUCUGGGGGGGUGGGGAAGAGCAGGAGGUUCAUUUAGGCCGGAUAAUGGGGCAGGCUGUCUGGAAAGGUGAGGCGCAGUGGAGGCCUGCUGGGGCGGGGGCAGUUAGCUUGGCUUCCUCUCCAGCCCGCAGCUUGACUGGGCAGAGCCAAGAUCCCCUGAGCCCCGCGGCUCCCCGGGGUGAGGAGCAUCGCUGUGGACUUCUCCUCCAAACUUGUUAAUUUCGCUAGAGGAAAGAACACGAAAUUGCGGAUGCGCCCACUUUGCAGCCCGUGACACCCAGCCCGACCGUGGGGGAGUUUCACAUUCAGUGGGUUAUCCGGGGUCUGUGGGUAACUGGGGUGUGUGUGGGAGGGGCGUGUUUCUAGACUCCCAUCCCUGGCAUGCAGCUCAUCUCAUGCCCGCCCACGGGGAGUGGACGGGGCAAGGCGGCAGAAUGACGCCCCCCAGAUGGUUUAUCCGGGCACUGGGACCAGCUCAAAGGCAUCCGGGCCCAAAGUGGCUUGCUCUUGAGCCAAUAACUUUGUCCUUCCUAGGGGAAUCCAGGAGCGUAGCCGCCUGCACCCCUAGCAGAUAGUCGGGGGAAGACAGCCAUCAGACGGUCCUACCCAAGAACUACAAGUCCCAGAGUGCACCGGCGCCGCGGCGCCCAAUCGCGGAAAGAGAAAAAGGCGCGUGCGCAGUGGCCCUUGGCUUAACUCGCAUCAUGAGGCAAGCAUGCGUCGGGAGGUACACGAGAUUUGAGACCUAAGUAGGGAACAGUAAGUCGCAAGUGAGCACGCGCACUGACGCAAGGGACGGAGUGAUGGAGAACCACAAGUCUUUGAAGGCGCCGCUGGGACGGCCGGUGGAAAAUUGCGCGUGCGCAGUUAUACGACCCGCAGCGGGGUGGAGCAGAACAAUUUAGGCGGUCUCGACGCGAAAUCUGGGAUCACGCAUGCGCAUUGUAGUCCACUGAGAGGCGCUGGGACUACUGGUUCCAGAAGUCCUCGGGACGGUCAAUCAAGUUCGCGCAUGCGCAUUGACGCACGAGGGAGACAGUUUGUGUGCGCGGCCACUGCCGAUCAAGCUUGGCUGCCUCGCGCCGGGGCCUUUGGGAGGCUGUCCUCCCUCCCCGGCCCUCCCGGAACUCCCACCUUCCCGGCAUCCCCCGAUUCGGGGCCCCUCGUUUCCCCUCCCCCCGAAGCCGCAGGUGCCAUGGUGGGCUCCCACCUGGACAUGGCUCCAGCUCCACCCACUGAGGGGCCUGGGGAGCAGGCAGCCCCCCCUCCCGGCCCACCGCCAGCACAGUAUGAGUGUGGGGAGUGCGGUAAGUCCUUCAAGUGGUCAUCCCGCCUGCUCCACCAUCAGCGGACGCACACGGGAGAGCGGCCCUACAAGUGCCCGGACUGCCCCAAGGCCUUCAAGGGCUCCUCGGCCCUGCUCUACCACCAGCGGGGCCACACGGGCGAGCGGCCCUACCCCUGCCCGGACUGCGGCAAGGCCUUCAAGCGCUCCUCUCUGCUGCAGAUUCACCGCAGUGUGCACACGGGCCUGCGCGCCUUCACCUGUGCCCAGUGUGGCCUGGCUUUCAAGUGGUCCUCCCACUACCAGUACCACCUGCGUCAGCACACGGGAGAACGGCCCUACCCGUGCCCGGACUGCCCCAAGGCCUUCAAGAACUCAUCCAGCCUCCGCAGGCACCGCCACGUGCACACGGGCGAGCGGCCGUACCCCUGCGGCGUCUGCGGCAAGAGCUUCACCCAGAGCACCAACCUGCGGCAGCACCAGCGGGUGCACACGGGUGAGCGGCCCUUCCGCUGCCCCGCCUGCCCCAAGACCUUCACGCACUCGUCCAACCUGCUCCUCCACCAGCGGACCCACGGGCCGGCCGCGGCCUCGGCCUCCGCUCACCGCUGUGAGCCCUGUGGCAAGGUCUUCGCCUCCGAUGCCUACCUUCAGCGCCAUCUGCAGACACACUCCACGGAGGCCCCCCCUCCGCCUCUGCCUCCACCCCCCCUGCCCCCUGUGGUCCCCGAGCUCUUCCUGGCGGCGGCCGAGACCACGGUGGAGCUGGUCUACCGCUGUGGUGGCUGUGAGCUGGCCUUUGCCAGCGAGACCCUGCUGCUCGAGCACCAGCCCUGCCCGGGGCCCGGGGCAGAGGUGGCCGCUGCCCAGCCUGCGACCUUCACCUGCUCGCCCUGCGGCAAAGCCUUCAAGACCGCAGCCGGCCUGUCUCGCCACCAACAAAGCCACGGGCCAGCCGGGGCGCCGGCCUACCGCUGUGGCGGCUGUGACCGGGCCUUCCCCCAGCUGGCCAGCCUCCUGGCCCACCAGCGGGCCCACGCCGAAGAGGCAGCGGCCGGGCGCCCGCUGCCGCAGGCCGAGGCGGCCGAGGUCACCUGUCCCCAGGAGGCUCCGGCCCCGGCACCCCCCGGCGACCGGCCCUACAAGUGUGCCGAGUGCGGCAAGGCCUUCAAGGGCUCCUCGGGCCUGCGCUAUCACAUGCGCGACCACACCGGGGAGCGGCCCUACCCCUGCGGGGAGUGCGGCAAGGCCUUUAAGCGCUCGUCGCUGCUGGCCAUCCAUCAGCGCGUGCACACGGGCCUGCGCGCCUUCACCUGCGCCCAGUGCGGCCUGACGUUCAAGUGGUCCUCCCACUACCAGUACCACCUGCGCCUGCACUCCGGGGAGCGGCCCUACCCCUGCGGGGAGUGCGGCAAGGCCUUCCGCAACACCUCGUGCCUGCGGCGCCACCGGCAUGUGCACACGGGUGAGCGGCCUCACUCCUGCAGCGUCUGCGGCAAGAGCUUCGCGCAGACCUCCAACCUGCGGCAGCACCAGCGGGUGCACACGGGCGAGCGACCCUUCCGCUGCCCGCUGUGCCCCAAGACCUUCACGCACUCCUCCAACCUGCUCCUUCACCAGCGGACCCACUCGGCCGAGAGGCCCUUCGCCUGCACCAUCUGUGGCCGUGGCUUCGUGAUGGCCGCUUACCUCCAGCGCCACCUCCGGACGCACGCCCCGGCCCCGGCCCCGGCCGCCGCCGCCACCCAGGACGUCCACGUCGUACCCCACCUUCAGGCCACGCUGUCGCUAGAGGCAGGGCCCAGCCCGGCCAACUCACAGACCUUCCUCCUCGUGCAGACGGCCCAGGGCCUCCAGCUCAUCCCCAGCAGCGUCCAGCCCCCCAGACCCACGCCUCCUCCACCCCCAGCCCCACCCAAGGUCCUCCUGCUGCCGGCCUCUGGGGCUAGGGCCCGAAAGGGCCCCAAGAACAGCGGGAGGGAGGGCCAAGGGCCCGGGCUGGUCUGGCUCCCAGGGCCUGGGGGAGGUGGGGGCAGCAUUGCAGGAGGCGGGGGGCAAAGCCUCAUCGUCCUGCAGAGCGUGGCCAGCGGAGAGGUGGGGCCGCAGGAAACAAGUGGGGUUCGGCUACAGUCUCUCCGGCCUGCACAGGAAGUGACCGCGGUCCAGCUCCAGCCGGCACAGGAAGUGACCGCGGUCCAGCUCCAGCCCACACAGGAAGUGACCACGGUCCAGCUCCAGCCCGCGCAGGAAGUGGCUACCGUCCAACUACAGCCCCUGCAGCCCACACAGGAAGUGACCGCGGUCCAGCUCCAGCCUCUGCCUCCCGCCCCAGACGUUUCCCUGCAGCUCCAGCCAGUGGCCAGCCCGGGGGGGUCCGGUGGGCCAGCAGAAGCCCAAAAUCUGCUGGUGGUGCAGGGUGGGGCGGGGGAGGAGCUGCUGACAGCCCCUGGACCCGGAGGAGAUGCGGGCUCAGGUGACGGGGGUGGGGGCAGCGCUGGAACUGUGGUUCAGGAUGUGCAUUUUGAGACAUUACAGACUGCAGAGGGCCUGCAGAGCGUCCUGGUACUGAGUGGGGCUGACGGGGAGCAGACCAGGCUUUGUGUGCAGGGGGUCGAGACCCUCCCUCCGGGGCUGGCUGAGUCCCCUGACCCCGGCCCGCAGGCUCAGAAACUUCUCAUCAUCCGCAGUGCCCCAGCAGCCCCUUCAGACCUGGUAGAGAAUGUACCAGGGGCGCCUCUCCAGCUGUUGGCCCCGCCUCCCAGCCCAGCCCCUGUGCCCCCAGGGGCUCCCGCGGGGCCUAGCCCUCAGGUGGUCCAGGUUGUCCCCGGGGCAGCAGCGGUGCCCCCUGGCGGGGCUGGCCAGCCAGGGCUGCCGUCUAUUCACAUAGUACAGGCCCUGCCCGCGGUGCAGCUGGUGCACACCUUCUAAUGGGGCUGGCCUCUCCCCAGCCUCAGCUUGGGGCCCGGCUACCAAUAAAGACACCCCGUCUCCCCCGUCUCCUCUCCCCCGUCUCCUGUCUCCUCUGCCCCGUCUCCUGUCUCCUCUCCC